ACUAGCCAAUGAAUACGCGGCAGGGGAAGCGCUUUGACGCUGUACCAUAAUCAGGAACUAAACCCGUCGUCUAGCUGAGGAGGUUCGAAUGGAGAAAAUGUAAGAGCGUAGACUUCCUCUAAGUAAUCAUAAUCUUGAAGCGCAUAGAAUGAUUAUAGAUCUAUUAUCCGAAAUAUAGUUCGUAGUUUUUGGUCAAGCAGGAAGUGGAUCUUGAUAGGGUAAUCACCGAAACGUUUUCUGCCUGAUCAUCACAAGACGACUGAACAUGUGAUAUUGAUCAGACUGAAAGUAGUAGUGCAUAGACUACAACCCGGUUACAUUUGAAGGACAAACACACGAUUAUUUUGCUGCGUCUAAACUAUGUAGGCUAACCAUCAACACUGUUCCUGCUUGGAAGCGCCGUACAAUAAGACAAAAUGGUUCAUGUUUAUAACUGCCAUCCGUUUGCAUCCCAACACAUUGUUCCCACCGAGCAAGAGCCCGGGCCGGUUUGUUGCGGCGGAGAUGCUCUUUUCGUCGUCUCAGCCGGAGGAUGUAAGAUCGAAGCGUACAACAUGCAAGAGGAAGGAUGCCCUCUCAUCUGUCGAUUUGCGACAAUGGGAACAGUCCAUAGCAUAUUACACAGUCAAACAGGAGACUAUCUUGUUACCAUCGAGGAAAAAAAUAAGGCCACUUACCUCCGCGCUUAUACCAACUGGCGUUACCAAGCGGCCGAGAAAACGCGAGUGGGUGUCCGGUUGCUUGGCCAUUUCCUACGAGGUUCUGCGUCGCUCCGAGGCAUUCCCAAGGAGCAGAUGGAGAUAAUCGAAAUCCCGCUUUUCGAGACCCCUCUCUGUAUGGCCUGUUGCCCUCUCACGGGAGACCUGCUAGUGGGCUGUGCCAAAACCUUGGUUCUGUUCACGUUACGACGACAGGCGCUAAACGACCGUCUCUCUGUGCUGGAUUUCGAGCGUCUCCUCAUCCUCCAUAUCCCGGGAUGGACGCCCUCGCAGGUGUCCCUGUGCGCCGGCUACGUGGCCAUGCAGGCUGAUCUGGAGGUCCUGGUGUUUCAGCUGCAGAAGCCCCAAAUUGGGAAGGAGCAGAAGAAGAAGGAGGAGGAGGAGGAAGACCAGGAGCUACAACUGCAUGCCCUGGUCCCAAAAGACAUGAUUUCCCAAAAGGACAGGCUCAAUGUCAGCGACUCUGGUAUGGAUGACAAUGAGAUGAAAAGGGAGCCAGAUGACUUCAUCAUGUUCCCAAAGCAUCUGGAGAUGCUGGGGGAACAGGCCAAGGACUGUGGCGUAUGUGUUACUCUGGAGUGGACUGGUGUGGAGAGUGAGUCCCGCUUCGACACAGGCGUUACCUACAUCUUAUAUAGGCGCUUUGCUCCUGAUUUCUUCCAAGGCAACAGUGUGGAGGAUACCUGUCUGCAUUCCCUGCAGCUCUACCCAGUGCUCACUAGUAACCAGGAGACUGCCGGUGAGGCCAAACCCCCUGAUCCUGCCUGCGUGUUCUGCUUCUUCUCCCUGCCCAACACUGGCUACAUGUACAGUAUCAAAGGCUUAGUGGAGCUGGUCUCGGCCUACCAGUACCCGGAGAAGGCCCAGCAGGCUGUGCUCAGUAGCCAUUUCCUCCAUGUCAUCACCAAAAAUGCCCUUCAGUGUUUCUCUGUGCGCUGUAGUGCGGUGGCCGCCAGGGCUGAGGACCCCUACAUCGACACCACCAUUAAGGCUUGUCCUCCCUUCACCAUGGAGGUUUGUGCAUUGCGCAUCCAGCUCUUCAUUGGUCUAAAGGCCCUUUGCCAUGACAGGAACCACAUUGUCCUUCUGACCGCAGCAGAUGUGGAGAGCAAAGAGGAUGUGGAGAGAGCGGCCAGGAGAAGCCUCGAAUCAAAAGAUCACAAAACUCUAACGGGGAUUUUGCUAGCGGUAGGUAUAGAGCCGUCCAGCAACCCUGCUUUGGAGAGCCUUCUAUCCAAGUCCUUCCUUGAUUCACACAACUGGCUCAUGGACACAUUGAGAUCAGCAGCCGGAAGCUCUAGGAAGACCUCCAUCACCAAGCCUAAGGAGCCGACUGAGAGUGGCCAUGGGUGGAACCUGUAUGUGGUUAACACAGUCUCAAGUCUCGCCCUCUACAGAGAGAUGGUGGAGUACAGUAAGAAGUAUGAGGUGUCAGACCCCUUCUCUCUGAGCUGCAUCCACCUCCUGAGUGAGGCUCACCUGCUACUGCGUGCCUCGCUGCUAGACCCCCUCAUCGAGCCCACAGAGAGGACACAGAUCCAGCAGGCCUUCGAGGAGAACUGUGCCCAGCUCGGGGACUGCUACAGCAGGUUUGACAAGAGGGACUGCCACCAGGCGCUUCCAUACUACAAAAUGUCCGGGCUGUCGGUUACCGAAGUGAUCCAGAGGAACGUGGCCACGGCAAACUCCCCUCCGGACUAUGGCAAAGGCUUCAUCUUCUUCCUCAGGCACUCUCUCUAUGAGGAAGACAUGGAGGAGCUUAGUCAGGAGGCUGCCAACACAGUGCUGGAUAUCUUCAGCGUGGCCGAGCCUGCCCAGCUGCCCCAUGUGGUGAGCAGCCCCUUCAUGCUGAAGUGCGACCCGGCCUUCGCCCUGGCCCACCUGGACCGGCUGGAGGCCGCUGGAGCCCCCUCUGUCACGCUCACCCUGGCCACGGCCUCCUUGGCGCUGCGCAUGGGGGACAUGCAGCUGUACCAACAGCAGAUGGAGCGCCAUGCGGAGAUGCUGCAGGUGUAUGGCUUCAUCGAGGAGCCCAAGCUGCUGCUGCUGGGCCGGGGGAAGGCUGUGGUGCCCACGCCGCUGGCCCGCCACCUUCACCAGUCCCAGGAGGGCCUGUUGGUGGCAGCUGCCGUGGCCCUGCAUGAGAACAGCAAAGUCAAACUGGAGGAGGCAGACCUCUUCUUCCAGGAGCUGUGCAAAGAGGCCCCAGAGGCUCCUGACACCCCACAGCUGCUGGUGGACUUCUGGGAGGCCCUGCUGGUGGCCUCCUCUCAGGAGGCAGUCAUUCAGGAGCUGUUGUUCCGCCUCACCUCCGUCUACAUCGACCGCAUCACCCGCCGCCAGCAGCCCAGCGCCAGGCCGCUCAAGACCGCAGACGACCUGAUGAACUCUUGUGUCCAUUACGGACAGCUCUACCCCUGGGUGGGCAUUCUGACACCCGUGCAAAUGCGGAGCACACUGGCCUACCAGGAGGACCUUCAGAAGCUUCAGUCGCUGUUGUGUGGCCCCACGUUGGACGUGUCCUCCAUCCUGCCUCUCCUGGAGCAGCUGCCGGACUCUGACAACGCGGGACUGAGUGUGCACGUGCUGUGUGCCACGCGGCUCGGACACACCGAGAGCUCCAUCGAGCGGCUGCUGGACCGUUGCCCGCAGGCCAUCAUCUCAUUCGCCCACGACGAGCUAAAGAAUGAUAAAAUGGCUUUGUGGUGGCAGAAGCUGUUUCCUGAGCUGUGUGAGAGAACCAGAGCAGCGGGAGACGAGAACAGCAUCUUACUGGCUGCCCUGAGAGAAACGCUUGUCGUGGUUGCCAUGGAGCUGAAUCCCUUGGAAUUCCUGGAAUUGUUGCCGGAUGACGGCACUGCACACUUCUUCCUGCCCCACCUGCUGGAGUGUAGCCAGAGGAACCUGAUGGCAUGAGGGUGGCAGCCAACUGAUUGAGACCACUACCAAACAAUCACUUCCUGAAUGGCAGGACAACAGCUCACUGUGUCUGUAUGAAUCACUGAUACCAAAACACUACAAGCCUUUAGACAAUCAGUCCACAGAGAUACUGUGGUUGCUAUGCUACUUACUGAUACCCUCUAUUUGGUACAUGCUUUAAGUAUAAGGUUUACAAAACUCCUAUUUAACUGGACUUGUUGUUGUGUGUGUGUGUGUGUGUGUGGAGGGGUCUUCUUUAACCUCUUUUUCCCAGAUGCAAUGGACUUAUUUAAAAUUGUGUUCAACUUAGACAAUCCUUGGUUUUCUUAUUUUGUAAUGCCUUUGAUUAAAUAUUGAAAGUGAA